CGGUUCAUCAUCAGAAAAUAAUAAAGCAAUGUUUUAAAAAACAAAUAAAAGUUAUAUUUAACUGCAAUAAAAAAACAACAAAAAGAAAAAGUUUAUAUUUCGAAUUGAAUGCAAACAAUAAAUGAUGUUUUAAAAUUAUUUGUGCUAACAAUAGAGACCAAAGUCAACCACAAAAAAGACAGAAGUUGCUAUUGAGACCACAUUUUUUUCUUGUUCAUCUCGUUGAUUUCUAUUUGUAUGUGGCCUAUAAUAUUAAACGGAUUUUGCUUUUCUUCAUUGGAUACAAGUGCUUGUUUUGCGUGUUGCCUUUAGCUGAUUAACCCCUUUGAAAAUCAACUUGAAUAUUUUCAACAAAAGAGAAAAUCUCUCAAGUUUAAAUCUUUUGUAAUAAAAAUCAACUUGAAGUCGUCGCACUCAACGCCAGCAGUUUCAAUUUAUUCUUCAAGUAACAGCAACGACAGCAACAAUAAUAAUCAUGAAAAUGGCUGGAAAUUUAGUAGGGCCCACGCUGCCUCCUUCAUUUUCUUGUGAUAGUUUCUAUCAUACCACCAUAACACCAAGGUUCCAGCAAGCUGCUUCAACGUCCACGAGUCAGGACGAAACUGAUAAUAAUACACAUAACGAUUUUCUGGAAAUUGGUCAACUUAAGCCACGCUAUGCCAUGGACGAUAGAUUCCAUAGGGAAGAUGAACGUUUGAAGACAUUCGAGAAUUGGCCAUUGGAUUUUGUGGAUCGCAAUGAGCUGGCAUGUUCGGGCAUGUUCUUCAUGGGUGAAUCCGACAAGACGAAAUGCUAUUUUUGCGAGGUUGAGAUUGGCCGCUGGGAACGUGAAGAUCAGCCUGUACCUGAACACUAUCGCUGGUCGCCCAAUUGUCCCCUAUUGAGACGACGCACAACUAACAAUGUACCCAUCAAUGCAGAGCAACUAGAACGUCUGCUGCCACCUCCUAGCUAUGAUAUAUGCGGAGCAAACGAUAUAGAAGUACGUCGUAAUGCCUUUGCCGAAGGCACAAUACCUGCAGGCCAUCAUGGCAUGGGCGAUGUCCCACCUGCUACAUCCACAGUUGCGAAUCCCUCCAACAACAGCAUGCUCAGGAUUGAUAUGGCCUCCAGCAGUACCGCACCAACCGCUUUCUUUCCCGAAGUGCCAGAGUAUGCUAUUGAAACAGCUCGUCUGCGCUCUUUUGCCGAAUGGCCAAGAAACAUGAAGCAGCGUCCCGAACAAUUGGCCGAGGCUGGUUUCUUCUAUACCGGUGUGGGAGAUCGCGUUAAGUGUUUUAGCUGUGGUGGCGGCCUCAAGGACUGGGAUGAUGAUGAUGAGCCCUGGGAACAACAUGCCUUAUGGAUGCGCAAAUGUCGUUUUGUCAAACUAAUGAAAGGCGAAUCGUUCAUAGAGGCUAUUGUCAACAAAUUCAAGAAACCAACAGCACCAGUAGCUGAAACAAGCGGCAUAACUGCUGUCACAUCAUCCAGCUCAUCAUCAUCAUCCGAAGAAGAAAGGGAAAAUCAAGAAGCCGCGGGCGGUUGUGCUAUGGAAGAAGUUUCGCAACUAGCAAAUUUCCCUUUCAGCAGCCCCUCCGAAGAGCAAUGCAGCAGGGAUCCGCCAGCAGCAUCCUCAAUAGCCACACGCAUACACAACAAAGCCUGUGCCAACGUAGCUCUGCCAUUGGAGCCAAACAAACCCUGUUCAGCGGUAACACAGGAGGAGAAGCUAUGCAAAAUUUGCUAUGUCAACGAAUACAAUACGGCGUUUUUACCAUGCGGCCAUGUGGUGGCCUGUGCAAAGUGCGCCUCGUCUGUGACAAAGUGCCCCAUGUGCCGGAAACCCUUUGCCGAUAUCAUGCGUGUAUAUUUCUCUUAGGCAUCCGUUGCAAAUGCUGCUCCCGGAGAUCGGAAGCCACCACUUCUUGGCGCCCCGCAGCCCUGAAGAAUGUAAAUAAAUGUACUUUCUCACUAAACACCUGCCUGCAAAAUAAGCCUGUGAUAAGAAGCAAACGAGUCUAACGGCCAGUUGGGACUUAUACCCAACAACUCCAUCUAAGCUCCACAGAAAGGCAUAAAGAAUGCCAGAGUGCGGUAGAAGUAUGAGUCUUAACUGGCCGUUGGAUUUUCAUGGAAAACGUUGUCGACGAGAAUAAUUUCCUAAGCUAUUAAGAAAGCCCUCAAAAUUUGAUUUGGCUCAUUGGCAUGGCGAGCAUCUACAUAAAUAAAUGAUAAAACAGGUUAACUUCUCAGCACCCGCUUGUGUCUAUAGACCUUAAAAUAACACCUCAACCUUGUACUAUCCAUGAUGUUUUAAAAGAAAAUAUUUAAAUGUUUACAAAAAACUAAAAACAAACAUGCAAAAACUUAUUGUUUAAUUUAUUAAUAAAAAAAGAAAAACAAAAACUAACUUCUGAUUUCUUCUAAAGUAGUUAUAUAGUGUAUAUUCUGUAUGAAAAAAAACAGCCUCCUUAAUGUAUAAAGAAAAAAAAAACAAAAAAAAUUCUACCAACAGAUUUGCUAAGACACUACUUUUAGAACAUUACCAUGUACGUACAUAUAUACACACACAUACACAAAUGCUUAGGACGAGAGAAUCGCUUUCUCUAACGUUAAAUUGUUACCACACAAGGCAAUCUGAGAAAAUAUAAAACAACACCGUUCUUUUAGCAAUUAAAUAUAUAGAUGUAAUGUUUACACACAAAUAAGUAUGUAUAUAUAUACAAUAUAAAAACUAAAAAACAUUUAUUUUUCCAAAUUCAAUUGUAAGAGUUUCCAAUAAAAAAAAAAACCAAAUUGUUUCAAACACUUCUAUGCAUACAAUUGCAAUUAUUAUACAAAAACAAAAUUUCUAUCGAUUAGCAUCCAAACUUUGUGGUACUAUCCAACUGACACGCACUAUUGAAGUAACUAACUUUUGUUGUUUCCUCAUUCAAGGCCCGUUUUAAAAUGUUUCAAAAUCAAGGAAUAUUUCGAUAGCCGUCUUUGUUUGAAAAAUGAACGAACCGUAUAUUUUUAUUUAGUUAACCAACUUUCGAUGCAUUCGUGAUAAGAUAACCGACUGUUACAUUCUAAUUUAUUUAUAUUACACACUAAACAAAACAAAUCCAAUACCAAUCAACCCACAAUCCCUUGAGAUACUACUUGGUGUACGCCGCACCUGUACCCAAAAAUAUAAUAUAUUAGCUAACCUAAAACAAUAAUACAACAGCAAAUAUGGUAAUAAAAAUUUUUGAUAAUAAA